AUGGAAACUCUUGCCUGGCAUGCUCGAUUUGUGAGCCAGAUAUUCCUGGAUCAGCUCAGAGCUUCACACUGGUGCUCGUCAAAGACAUGGCUAUUUAUGCUGCUCGUGGCCUUGAUCUGGUUUGUGCGGCUUUACCUGCAUUACUGCAGCCAGUGGAUCUACCUCCAGGCGAUCGGUGUCACCGUCAACAAAUUCCACUUUCAUCCACACACAGUCGAACUUAGCUACCAGAAUCUUCUGCUGGAGAUGCGUGAGGAAUUGACCAUUGUAGCCCUAGGACCCCUGUCCUUGAAUGCUGCGUUGCUUAUUAUGGCUAUGAUCAGAUGGGUCUGUCAUCUACAAUUUGGCUCAUUCCCAUCCUUCUUGUCAAGGUUUAUCACGGCAAUGGGAUUUUGGACCGUGCUUGACCCCCUGGCAAUAUUUAUUGUGGAUGGUAUCCUAGGGCGCCUGACUUACAGCACAGCCCAUCCAAUAGGCGAUGCAGCCAAGCUCUAUUGGCUGUUUUACAGAACACAACAUUCUGGCAUCCCUGGCAUACUGAUUACAGUCAUCUUGUACAUUGUGAUCUUCCUUUGCUCCCUCACAAUACUGUAUUUGCAUUUAUUAAGCCUGCAGACAAUGGGGCAGCUGAUGGAUGUCUUCUACCGACUGCAUACCACUGAGGAGAGGUUCUUUGUUCCUCUGGACCUGGAGCUGUCCAAUCAGGAGCUGAGCUACAUAGUGAAAAGAGCAGAGCAAUGGAGGGGUAUCAACGGUGAGAGAAGGAAGGUGGCAGUGUAUGACUACAUCUGUAAUGAUGAGCUCACCGAACGUCUGUCCCAUGGCUGUGGACCCCAAGAACAGAAUCAAACCCCUGGAUCGGAGCCUCGCCAGGAAGAUAUCACCACUCAUGUGUCCAUCUACACCGUACACCUCAGCGGCGUACAAGAGCUGUACAGGCAUUUCCUUCGGCUGCCUAGUGGUGCCAUUGUUGAGGUGUUCGGUGCUGAAAACAGUGCACAUUUCGCGCAGAAGCGAGUGAGCGGGCUAGACACUGGAAAGCAAUCCUCCACGCCCCCAGAGCUCCGAGAGAGGCAGAGGAAGAUAUUUGAUGCCAUGGGAUCUUGAAGCCCAAAGGAAUAAGACUGAAAAUUCUUUGCAUCAUCUGGAUUUAGUUUAUAAAACGUUUUGGACACCUCUGUACUUUACUUGAAAUAUUAUAUCAAGCUGCAAAUUGUUUUGAUAAAUGCAUUUGCUCAUGAUAAUUG